AUGAACAGAUUCUAAGAAGUUUUGAAUGAAUGGGAAUAAACAAUUAGUAAAAAUCCUGAUAAUCCAAUUUAUUAUUCUGAAUAACGUGGAAAUUAUUCAUUAUUAUUAGCAUAUGCUUUAAGACAAUUGGAUCAAGAUGAAAAAGCUAUCCAAUCUUAUGAUUUAGCCAUUUAAAAAAACCCUGAAAUAGUAAGCAUUAUUCAGGAAAAGGUUAAAAUAAAUAAUAAUAUCUUUUAGCGCUAUUUUUUAAUAAUUAAUUUGAAAAGAAUUUUUAUUAAAAAAUGAAACGCCAUAAAGAUGCUUUGGUUUUUUAUUAUAAUUUUCAUGAUUCUUAUUUGUAUCCUAAAAAGGUUGAAC